AUUUCUUACGGGGAACUUAAUUUGAUCUCCCUGUGCUGUCAUAACUGACUCAAGAACUAAGCAACUGGCCAUUUACCAUACUUUGGAAAUCUGUUUGUCGGCGAAAAGGAUCUUUAUUUUACACGUGUUGCUCUUUGUUUUUGUACAUAUGCGGAUGAUGUAUAUUUGACACACCUGGCUACAGCUACUAACCGAAGACUUCAGAUUGUCUCGGUGACUGAAUGUGUCAUUUAUCAGUUUGCAAUCCGAUUUUGCGUGGAAACACACGGUGAAAACGAGUCGCAGGACGAUUUCCAGCGUGUUCCUGUCUUGGUUGUUGGAGGAGCUGCGCAUGCGCGGGGUCUUCCUCAAUCGGAGGCAUUGGGUUAUGCUGAAGAAGAAGAAGAAGAGUUGCAGCCUUGUCAACGCCUCGGAGCGAGGAACAGAUAACAGCAAGCCAGCGUUUGGCCGAUGGACACAUGCAGCCCUGACGAGCUAUCAGGGCUGCAUCCUUCAUGAAAUGUCCUGGCACUCUACUGAACUCAAGGCCAGUUUUCUCAGUGACAAGACGACACAAACUUAUGCAAAGAAUGGAAGGUGUUACGCGUAAAUCAAGAAAAAGGAAAGCUAAAAAGAUGCCGGUGAAGAAAAUGAACCCACAGAUGGCUUCAUCUCCAGCCACCGAUGCAUCCAGUGCUCUGAGCCAGUCCCCUCCAAGCCCCUUAGCAAGCACACCAAAGAGACGCAGUGGACGAAUACAACUGAUGCAAGAACUUUGCCUGACGCCCACAUCAGUCCACAGUUCCUCUGCUGACACCCCAUUCACCGUCUUAAAGUCGCCUCCUCGAGCCAGGAAAGAGAAGCUAGAGAGAACUGUAUCCACCAGGCAAUUAAAGGCAUCAGAGAUGCAUUUGCCAUGCAGCACACCAAAGACCCAAAGCCGACUUGGGAAGCGCUGUGCUGCCCAGACGGGACGGCUCAGAAAAAGACUCUCAAGGGAGCAGACGCAGAGCUGCCAUGAAAACAGUGUUCCUCCAGCCAAGGUGCAGCACAGGAAGCGACAGAAAGUAGAGGAAGGAGCGAAGCCAAAAGAAGCCACCACUCAGCCACCCAUACGCUGUAGACCAAGAUUUGAGCUGCUGGAGCCUGAAGCCAUAGAUCAAGACGAUGCGGAGCUGUCGUCAGAGCUCUCAAUAGAGCUGAGUCACUAUGAGGACCAACUGGCCUCUUUCUCCAUCCAGGAGGAUGAGGAGGAAGAAGAGGAGAACGAGGAGGAGCUGCCCAGCUUCCUGAUGCGGGUGAAUAAAAAGCCCAUUACAGAGGGAGUUUUUGUGUGGUGCAAAUUUAGAAAUUAUCCAUUCUGGCCUGCAAUGGUAAAAAGUGUGUACCCCAAGAUGAAAAAAGCCAGUAUCCUGUUCAUUGAUGACCAACUGAUUGGCAAAAAGAGUAAAGGGCUGACUGUGGCUCUGAAACCCUUGAAGCCUUUUGACUGUGAAGAGGCCAAUCAGUUGGUGAGUAAAGCCAAGGAAAACUACAGUGCUGCCAUUCAAUGGUCCAUCGAUUUGAUAAAUGACUACAGAAUCCGGAUUGCAUGCGGCUCAUUUACUGGCUCCUUCAUUGAAUACUUUGCCCACGAUAUGAGUUACCCAGUCAGAAGGACGUAUCCUCAGGCAGUCUCAGAGAGAAUAAUCAUUGCCAGCGAGAUGGUGAUGGAGGAGCGGUGUGAUGAUCAUAAAGAGGAGAAUUCAACUGUGCUGAAGGAGGAGGUCAACAAGAGCUCAAAGAGGCUGCUACCUGACCGGACUCAUGCCGCCCACAACCGUGCCAGUGAGAAGCUGGUUCAUUUCAUUGUCAAGCAGCGCAUGGUAGAGAGCCACCUGCUGGCUGUUAUCAGUGGGCAGCAGCAGUCCAGAUGGCUGCGCUCUUUCCUGAACACUAAACGGAGACAUGUAGUGAAUGUGUACCUGGAAGACGAUGAGCAGUUGGACCAAGUCUACAGUUACCUGAAUGAACUUUAUCAAAGGGCCCCUGUGACCGCCCCCUGUCUGGCUAGCAUGCAGUUCAUGCAGCGUGUCGCUUUUGUGCUGGAUGUGCUUCUGCCCGAGGCCAUCAUCUAUGCCAUAGCUGGAGUGGACAAGUUGUCAAUAGAAAAUGCAGAAGAAAAGUACCUAAAAGGACGAUCCAUAAGUAACAGAGAAAGAGAGCAGUUUGACCGGAUGAUUGAGCAGCAGAUGAAGAGAAAAUCGGUGCAUCAGAAUACUACGCAUUCACAUUCGACAUUUCAUCUUGGACCCUGUUCCACGAUCCCAGACUUCCAGUUUGUUGAAGGCUGACAAUAAAAUAUUUAACUUGUA